CUGUAAAGUAGGUACAGAGAAGAAAAUCUGCAGAAACUUCCACUUCAAAAGUCUCUUGUCUUUUUCCCUUUUCAGUCUCUACUCUCUAGCAGUUGGUCGAUUCAUGUUCGUCCCAAAACACAUUCCCACCCAAAUUAGGUUUCUCAUCAUGUGAAUCCAAACAUCCCAAUUCAUUGAGCAAUCUCAAACAACACCUCUUCUUCCCUUCCAAACUGUGAUUCUUAUUGGCAUUGGGAUUAGAUUUAGGGAUUUACUAAAAAACAAUGGUGUUCAUUACAAGACCACUUGUUCUUCUUGUUCUGUUCCUCUCUUGUUCUGCCUUGUACACUCCGCCAGAUAACUACCUAAUCUCUUGUGGCUCGUCGCAGAACAUAACCUUCCAAGGCAGAACCUUCGUUCCAGAGUCUCUCUUCCUCAAAACCGGAAACUCCUCCGUAGCAGCAUCAACCAACUCCAACUCCAGCAAUAUCUCCAUCUACCAAACCGCUUGCGUCUUCUCCGGUUUAGCUUCGUACCGGUUCAAAAUCGCAUCACCGGGCCGACAUUGGAUCCGCCUCCAUUUCUCCCCAAUCAAAAACUACACCUGGAACCUAACCUCCGCUUCGAUCACAGUCCUAACCGACGACUUCGUCCUCUUGAACAACGUCUCGCUCAGUAACCAAAUCUUCAAGGAGUACACAGUCAACGUCGCCACAGACUCCUUAACGCUGACUUUCAUCCCUUCGAACAGCUACUCCGUGGCGUUCGUCAACGCGAUCGAAGUCGUCUCUGUUCCGGACACCCUUAUCCCCGACCAAGCCACAACUCUAAACCCUUCCUCUCCCGUCGCUCUCUCCCACCUCGCGUUCGAAACAGUCUACAGGCUAAACAUGGGAGGACCGUUGCUGACUCCGGAGAACGACACGUUGGGGAGACGAUGGGAGAACGACGCGGAGUAUCUCCACGUGAACAGCUCCGUUCUCGUAGUAACAGCUAACCCAUCUUCUAUCAGAUACUCUGUCUCCGCGACGCAGGAAACAGCUCCCAACAUGGUUUACGCUACUGCUGAUAUGAUGGGAGAAGAUGCCAACGUGGCGUCUCCGAGUUUUAACUUGACUUGGGUUCUCCCUGUAGAUCCGAGUUUCAGCUACUUUGUUCGUGUACACUUCUGCGAUAUCGUGAGUCAAGCGAUGAACACGCUAGUGUUCAAUCUUUACGUGAAUGAUGAUCUCGCUCACAGGAGUCUUGACCUGUCUUCGUUGACUAACGGUCUCAGAGUUCCGUACUUUGACGAUUACGUCACCCACACGUCUGGUGAGUCUUUGACCGUUAGCGUUGGGCCUGACUCUCUAGCUGAUAUCACCAACGCGACUAUGAGUGGGUUAGAGGUUUUGAAGAUUAGUAACGACGCUAAGAGCUUAAGCGGCGUUUCUUCAGUUAAGUCUCUUAUCCUCCCUGGAGAAGGUUCCAUCAAGAAAGUUGUUAUCAUCGGCUCCGCGGUUGUUGCGGUUACAUCGGUUCUGUUGAUCGCGGUUUGCUGCUAUUGCUGUUUAGCUGCUUCGAGGAAGAAAAGUCUUCAAGAAGGCGGUAACGGUAACGGUAAGGGUAACGGACAUCCGUGGCUGCCGUUACCUUUAUACGGACUCUCUCAGACUUCUCACAAGAGCAACACGGCGAGCUGCAUUUCGUUGGCCUCCACGCAUCUCGGCCGCUGCUUUAUGUUCCAAGAAAUCAUGGAGGCUACCAACAAGUUCGACGAGUGCUCGCUGCUCGGUGUUGGCGGGUUCGGCCGGGUUUAUAGAGGGACGUUAGAAGACGGGACGAAAGUCGCUGUCAAGAGAGGAAACCCGAGGUCGGAACAAGGCAUGGCUGAGUUCAGAACCGAGAUCGAAAUGCUGUCGAAACUCAGGCACAGACACCUCGUCUCGCUGAUCGGGUACUGCGACGAGAGAUCGGAGAUGAUUCUUGUAUACGAAUACAUGGCGAACGGACCGCUGAGGAGUCAUCUCUACGGAGGUGAGCUUCCUCCGCUGUCGUGGAAACAAAGACUCGAGGUUUGCAUCGGUGCAGCGAGGGGGUUGCAUUACCUGCACACCGGCGGGGCAUCGGAGGGCAUCAUACACCGCGACGUGAAGACUACUAACAUCUUACUAGACGAGAAUCUAGUGGCGAAGGUCGCGGAUUUUGGUUUAUCCAAAACCGGACCUUCGCUUGAUCAAACUCAUGUGAGCACUGCGGUUAAAGGAAGCUUUGGGUAUCUCGACCCGGAGUACUUCAGGAGACAGCAGUUAACCGAGAAGUCAGACGUGUACUCGUUCGGGGUUGUUCUGAUGGAAGUGCUCUGUUGUAGACCGGCUUUAAACCCGGUUUUGCCGAGGGAGCAAGUGAACAUAGCUGAAUGGGCAAUGGUUUGGCAGAAGAAGGGUCUUCUUGAUCAGAUCAUGGACGGUAACUUAACCGGGAAAGUGAACACUGCGUCUUUGAAGAAAUUUGGUGAAACGGCUGAGAAGUGUUUAGAGGAGUAUGGAGUGGAUAGGCCGUCGAUGGGAGAUGUGUUGUGGAACUUGGAGUACGCGUUGCAGCUGGAAGAAACGUCUUCGGCUUUAAUGGAGGCUGAUGAUAAUAGUACAAACCAUAUUCAUGGGAUUCCGAUGGCGCCAAUGGAGUCGUUUGAUAAUAGUAUGAGUAUAGUUGAUAGAGGAGGAGUAAACUCGGGGACAGGGACAGGGACAGGGACUGAUGAUGAUGCGACUACGAGUGCUGUGUUUUCGCAGCUUGUUCAUCCUCGUGGAAGGUAGAAGAAGACAAAAGCAUUUGGUUAGACAUUGUUUGUUUCGUAAUUUACAGAAAAUAACAGAUAUCUAUAUGACUUCCAAAAAUUUUCGUUCUGAUAUUUGUUUCGAAUUUUGUAGAAUUGGUUAUGAAAUAUAGUGAGUUCUGAUGUUUUAAAGCAA